AAAUGUAUAAAAGCAAGACAAACAAGCAUGAAAUGUGACCAUGAACUGGGAAGCCCUAGGUGAGUUGGCUUGCAGUGACUCAUUUAAACAUGUAUCUUUAGUUUUUGAAUUGCGUCAGACCUCUGUGUUUUACGAGCAGCCCCUGAACGCAGCACAGGGGCACAGACCAGACAGAAGACGGAAGCAGGCGGCAGAUCGUCGCGGAGUGAAAACACGGUCCAACAGUCCGAUCAAACUCGAUACUAAAAACAAAAGAAGUGUCUGUUUUGGGGCCAAGAUGUUUUCCCUCGCAGCGUUUGUCCUUUUGUGGACAGGACUGACGGUAAACUGCGAGAGGCAUUCCCUCACCUACAUCUACACGGCUCUCUCCAAACCUGCCGGACUCCCGGGUAUCCACGAGUUCACAGCCAUGGGACUGCUGGACAACAGGAUGAUCGACUACUUUGACAGUGAGACCCAGACGAAGGUUCCCAAACAGGACUGGAUGAAAGAGCGCCUGUCUCCAGAUUACUGGGUCAAAGGCACACAGUCCCGCCAGAGCAAGCAGCAGUGGUUCAAAGUCAACAUCGACAUCCUGAUGAAGCGCAUGAGACAGAACGACUCAGACGUCCACGUUCUUCAGUGGAUGCACGGCUGCGCAGGCAACUCACAGCCUGAUGGCAGCAUUAAGUUUGACAGCGGCAUGGACAUGUACAGCUACGAUGGAAAGGACUUCCUGUCCUUUGAUGACAUCCACUCAGUCUGGGUCGCCCCAACUGAUGCGGCAGUCCCGACCAAGAGAAAGUGGGACGAUGUCCCCGUCCUGAAAGAAUACACCAAAAGCUACCUGGAGAGCGAGUGCGUGGAUUGGUUGGGGAAGUUCGUGGGAUAUGGACAAAAGCAGCUAAAAGAAGCAUCACCUCCAAAGGUGUUCGUGUUCACAAAGAACACCAACGUGAAGUCAAACGUCAUGUUGACGUGCCUGGCCACAGGCUUCUACCCAAAAGACAUCGUCCUGCGGAUCAAAAGGAACAACCGUAUCCUGACUGAAGACGACGGCUUGAUGUCCUCGGGCGUCCGACCGAACGAAGACGACACCUUCCAGAGAAGAGACAGCGUGGAGAUUUUAAGGAGCGACAUAUCUACGUUCACCUGUGAGGUCAUUCACGCUGCAUCUGGAGUUCAUGUGGAGAAACUUUGGGAUCACCAACUUCCUCCCGAGUCCGGAGGAGCUAUAAUCAGCGGGGUGGUCGCAGGCCUGAUUUUGGUCUUGGUCGGGAUCACUGUGUUGCUGGUUUUCCUGUUUAAAACAGGCAAAAUUGGAUCACGUGGCUCUGGCAGCAGUUCCUCCAAGGGCGUACCGAUUAAACCUAUAUAUUCUGGUCCGCCACUUUCCGUUACUGUCAUCAAUUCAGCACAACUCAACACAACUGCUGAGAAAAAAUCUCUCAAAGGUUCGAAUGAGUCCUUCGACAGCAACAGCUCUUCCGACUCUGGCGUUUCUACCGAUAACAACAAAAACUCCAGCCCAGAGCCCGACAGCCCCCUCCUGCAGAGGAGCGAGGAGCCAGAGGAAGUCUAAAGUCUCUGCACACGACGUCAUUUCCAUCAGAGAACAUCGAGGCUCACUGAGCUCUCUGGAGCCAAAUUUACCAAAACAACAAUGAACAUUACGGUGGGAAAGAAAUUAUGAGGGACGUUUGAAAAAAAUCAAUGAGCACUUCUACAAUCUGAAAAAUGUCUCCACCGCCUCUUUAAAAGGGUUCAUGGCAAAUUGGCGUGGCAGCGCGGAGACGGAACUUGAGUAAGUUUGAGUUUAAAUGCAGACAACGUCAACGCGGACUCGUGUUGUUGCAUUUUGUAGCUCUGAAAGCAAAAGAAUCAGCGCUGAGAUAAAGUGUCAGUGUUGUCUGAGGCGCGAAAACUGAGCAGAGCUCGUUCUGAUCACGAUGGAAAUUCAGGAAACUUUGACCUUUCAGAUUAAAUGUUAACAUUAAUUCAGAAGCACCUUAAAAAAAAUCCUAAAAAUCUGAAAUUAAACUCGGUCUGUGCAAGAGCUCGGGAGAUAAAUUAUCAUUAUUUUUUAUUUUGUUUUUUUGUCUUAAUUAGGAUAGGACA